AUGGAUAACAACAACCCAAGUAAUCAGCCCACUGUUCCGGACGGAUGGUUGGCAAAAUUUGAUGGUAAUUAUAAAACAUGGUACUAUGUUGAUUUGAAUUCUAAGAAAUCUCAAUGGGAGGCACCGCUGGGAACAAAAUUCGGCUCUGGUGGAGAUGUACCCCCACCACCAUACAGUCCAUCGAGUCUGGAGCAACAGGGUAUGCCAGGUAAAGCAGCUCAGCAAAAUGGCUCGAAUUCUGAUCAGCGAACUGGAGUGCCUCAAUAUGGUGGUGGCUAUGGAGGAGGUCCUCAAUAUUAUGGGGGUGCUCCAGCUCCAGCACAGCCAUAUGGAGGUUAUCCUCAGCAGGGAUAUCCUCAGGCAGGAUACCCAAUGGCUCAACCUCAACAAGGAUAUGGUGGUUAUCAAACACAGCAAUCUGGAAGAAGAUUUGGAGCCGGUGGUAUGGCUAUGGGUGUCGGAGGUGGUUUGCUUGGUGGUAUGCUUCUUGGAGAUAUGCUUGGACAUCUGCAAAUGGAUGCCUAUCAAGAUGGUUACCAGGAUGGCUACGGUGGAGGUGGCGACUACGGCGGAGGUGGUGACUACGGCGGAGGUGGUGACUUCGGGGGUGGUGAUUUUGGAGGUGGUGGCUUUUAG